AGAAUCCCACAUUCACUGAUACACAUACUCCAUCCAGAGGUUAGCAGAUCCGAUGCUGCUCACAAAGUAGAGAAACGGUUAGAAUGGGAUUCUGGGAACCAAUCUUAGGAACGGCAUCUUCCUUCCAUUCAAUUUAACGCUAACUCUUAAAAAUCUAUCUCCCUCACAACUCUUGAACGAAGAUUCAUUCAAAAACUAUCGAAAACGAAGCCUUCUCUUCAGGGAGUCGUGAUAUGCUGGUUUAGGUUUUUGGUUUUUUGUUAUUAAGGGUUUUCUACUGGAAUAGAGAUGUCGUUUGAUCUUCUUUUGAAGCCGACAUGCAGUGGCUGUGGUUCAACGAAUGAUCUUUAUGGGAGUAACUGUAAGCAUAUGACUCUCUGCUUGUCCUGUGGAAAAGCAAUGGCGGAGAAUCGUGGGAAAUGUAUCGAAUGUGGCGUUACAUUGACACGAUUAAUUCGGGAGUAUAAUGUUCGGGCUAGUUCUGCAAGUGAUAAAAAUUACUUCAUUGCUAGAUUUAUCACAGGGGUUCCCAAUUUUUCAAAGAAGAAAAAUGCUGAUAAUAAAUGGUCUCUCCAAAAAGAAGGACUUCAAGGGCGCCAAGUUACAGAUGCUUUACGGGAGAAGUACAAGAAUAAGCCUUGGCUUUUGGAGGAUGAGACUGGCCAAUUUCAGUAUCAUGGCCAGCUUGAGGGUGCAAACUCCACAAUUUAUUAUCUGCUCAUGUUGCAAGGAAAGGAGUUUGUUGCUAUUCCUGCUGGUUCUUGGUACAACUUUAACAAAGUUGCUCAAUACAAACAACUUACCUUGGAAGAAGCUGAAGAGAAGAUGAAAAAUAGGAGGAAAACUGCAGAUGGAUACCAAAGGUGGAUGAUGAAAGCAGCAAAUAAUGGACCUGCUGCCUUUGGUGAAGGGGAAAAAUUUGAUGACAAGGAAGGUGGUGGGGCUACUGGACGGGGGCGUAGGAAACCAUCUGGUGAGGAGGAUGAAGGAAAUGUCUCGGACAAGGGAGAGGAGGAUGAGGAAGAAGAGGAGGCAAGGAAAAAUAGACUUGGACUUGGCAAAAAAGGUGGUGAUGAUGAUGAAGAAGGUCUUAGAGGAGGUGAU